AACUUUACCUUUGAGAAAUCAAAUACCAAAAUUCUCAAAACAUGUCUCUAAUAGCAGAGGAUGUGAAAGCCAGAGCAGAGGUGUACCAUGGAGAUGAAAUGUGCCAAGUGAAAUCCAAAGAGCUUCUGAAGGAAAUAGCCCUACCCAAUGGCCUCUUACCCAUGAAAGACAUGGAAGAGUGUGGCUACGACAGAGAAACUGGCUUCGUGUGGCUGAAGCAGAAGAAGAGUUAUACCCACAAGUUUGAAAAAAUUGGGAAACUCGUUUCCUAUGCCCCUGAAGUCACUGCACAUGUUGAGCAUGGCAAGAUCAAGAAACUCACUGGUGUUAAGACCAAAGAGCUUCUGCUUUGGGUCUCACUCAGUGAUAUCUACAUCGAUGAUCCACCCACUGGCAAAAUCACUUUCAAAACCCCUGCAGGGUUGUUUAGGUCAUUUCCAGUCUCUGCUUUUGAAAUUGAAGAGAAGUCUAAGCAAAUUGAUGAUGCAGCUGCUGCAGGUGCAGGUGCAGCUGUUCAAGUCAAAGAGGUUGUAGUAGAAGUACUGAUACAUCAACAGAGAAGAAAAGAUGGCAGAUUUGGAAAACAUGCUUCUUGAGGCAGCUGGAAGGACUAGUUCUGCAGUGAGAAAGCGAAACAAGCAUAGAAAUUCAAGAACAAAACGUGAGGGUGCAGCAUUAUCUGAUGGUGGAAGUAAUUCCAGAGAGGAAGACUCUGAUGAGGGUAGAAGCAAGAGGGCACAAAGAAGUGCUUCCCACGUUCCAUUGAAGAAGAGGUUGGACCUUAGCAGAAGAGGUAGUAGUGUUGGCAAUGAUCAUGGAAGCCAGGGAAAGGGUGAUUUGGAUGAUGGUAUUGGAGGUUCUGCUAGGGAUGGUGACAGUGGCAGCAGUGAAGAAUCUGAUGUUGGCAGCGAUCUUUACAAGAAUGAAGAAGACCGACAAAGGCUUGCGAAGAUGAGUGAACUCGAAAGAGAGAUGAUUUUGUCUGAUAGAGCAACUAAGAAAUGUGAAAAGGAAUUCAAAGAUAAAAUGAGAAAGAAGAGAGAUAACAACAGUGCAAGUGCAAGGACUAAUCAGUCAGCUCAUCCAUCAUCUUCCAAGGUUCGUUCAUCAGCUAGAAAUGCUGAGAGAACAGCUGCUAAAGGCGAUGUUCUAAGUGAAUUGCGUGCAAAAAGGAUGAAACAGCAAGUCCAAGAUACUCAUGCUGGUAAACUGGGAAAUGCUUCAAGAAAAGGCUCAAACAGCAAGGGAGUGAAGCAAAAAUUUGGAGCCACAGCAAGCCCAAGUAGCUCUAGUCAGAGCGAGAGUGCUAUGAGGUCUGAUAGUGAAAGGGAAUCAUCUGAUGAUGGUGGAUUGAUUGACAGUGAUGAUGAUAAGAACAUGCAUGAAUCAAAGAUUCCAACAUUUGAGGACAUUAAGGAAAUUACCAUUAGGAGGUCAAAGGUUGUGAAAUGGUUAAAUGAACCCUUUUUUGAGGAGUUAAUUGUCGGUUGUUUUGUGAGAAUUGGCAUAGGAAGGUCAGAGAGUGGACCUGUCUAUAGGCUCAGCAUGGUUCAGAGAGUUGAUGGAGGUGACCCAAAUAGGCAUUACAAGGUAGAGAAUAGAGUCACUCACAAGUAUCUGGUUUGUGUGUGGGGCAGUGAAAACUCGGCUGCAAGGUUUCAGGUUGCUGUGGUUUCAGAUUCUGCACCAUUGGAGAAAGAGUUCAGACAAUGGCUUAGAGAAAUUGAGAGAACUUGUAGCCAGAUUCCAAGUAAGAUGAGUGUGUUGGAAAAGAAAGAGGCAAUAAAAAGAACCAACACAUAUGUUUAUUCAGCAGCCACUGUGAAGCAGAUGCUGGAGGAGAAAAAAUCUACCACAUCUAGGCCACUGAACAUUGCAGUUGAAAAGGAUCGUUUGAAGAAUCAAUUGGAGAUAGCAAAAAGUAAGAAUGAUGAGGUAGAGAUGAAUAGGAUCUACACAAAGCUUGCUGAAUUGGAAGCAUUGCGUCAAGCCAAGGAGAAUGAUGCCAAGGCUAUGAAGCUUGCUGAGAUGAACAGAAAGAACAAGGUUGAGAAUUUCAAAAACUUGUCUGAACAUAAACAGUUGAAUGCAAAUUUAAAAGCUGGAGAGGAAGGUUAUGAUCCCUUUUCAAGGAGGUGGACAAGGUCGAGGAAUUACUACAAUUCAGAGCCAGGGAAGGAGAGUAAAGAAGGUGAGAAUAAUGAAGGUAAAGGAGAAAAGGAUGGUGAAGCUGAGGGUGAAGUUAGUAAGGGGCAAGAAAAAGAAGAACAUGUCACAACAAAGGUUGGUGUUGAAGCCACAGAAGCAGCUUUGCAAGCUGCUGCUGAUGAAGGGAAGUUGGUGGAUACCAUUGCUCCUGUGGAUGGCGGAACAGAAUCAAAUAUGUUGCAUGAUUUUGAGUUGCCAAUUUCUUUGGCUGAACUUAAGGAUUUGGGUGGACCACAGGGAAUAAGGAACGGGUUUUUGGCAAGGAAACAAAAAAUAGAAGCAACAGUUGGGUGUAAGGUCCCUGAGAAUGAUGGGAGUAGGCAUGCUCUUACAUUAACUAUCAGUGACUACAAGAGAAGAAGAGGGCUUCUUUGAAGUUUGUGAAUUCAGUCUCACCUUGCGUCGUUUACACAUACUUCGAACACAGCACGCACUAUCUAGACCACUUUCUUAAGAGCCUCAUCACACGAGAAUCUGAGACUUUGCAACAUCACGGGAGCAUUUUAUCCUGCCACUCUUGUUAAGUAAACAAACACAUGUCUCAAGAAUCUCAAGAUCCUCACCCCAGCAUAACAUGGUUGCCAUUUCAGGAUUCUUCAAGAGCAUCUUAGAUGAUAGGAACCCAGCUAAAGUCCAUGUUUGAUAAAGCCGGGCUUGUUUUCCAACAAAUCUUCCUGUGCGGGUGUCAUAGUAUUCAGGCCAAGAAUCCUUUGGCAGCCUUUGCUCAGCCAAAGCAACUGCUUCAUGAGCUAGUUCACUUCGCCCCAUUUUGAUGCAUGCCAAUGUGAACUGAAGAUGGUGAUGCAUUCGGAAACACAUCAAUGUCAAAGCAAAGUUUAGUUGUGAAGUUGGACAGGAGAGCAACAUAUUCUGAACUUUUCUCAAAACACAAUACUACAACAAGGAAUGAAAAGUUACCUGCCACAGAAGGGUUGGCCACGAUCCACCAUUGUGAUAUGACCAAGGUCUGCACAAGUUAAGCAUGGUGUUUAAAUUAAUGAUUUAAUGUGUAUACCAUUGAAGCAGUUAUGAGCACAAACACUAUAAAUUCUUCGAAGUACUUUUUUUUAUUAAAGAAAAGAACUCAAUCACAG